UAACUGAACAUAUGUACAAUAUAAACUGCCAUACUUGCAUUUAGAUUGUUUAAUAAAAAUUGUUAGAAUUAGAGAUGUUGAUUGAAUUGUUUAAGUAAUUUCCCAGAUCAAUCGCUUUCGCUGACAACUGAUCUGCUCGAGGUUUUUCUAUUUUCUGUAACUAUGCAUCCAGAAGGGACAGGUGUCACUAUUCCGGAAGGAGCCGAACCACCGGUUGUGCGGAAGAUAGCCGUGAUUGGAGCUGGAAUGGCUGGCAUGUGUGUUUUGAAACAUUUUUCGGUCGAUCCACAAUACGAAGUUGUGGCGUUUGAGCGGUCGAAUGUUAUCGGUGGAAUCUGGAAUUAUCCAGCGGAAUGCGAAACGAAGACCGAUUCGACGGGACUGGAACCACAUUAUUGCAGAAUGUAUCGCGAGGUGCGGCUUAACUCGCCCCGAUGUUUGACUGGAUAUCCUGACUUUCCAUUUCCCAAAGGCGGCGACACCUAUUGUCCAAGGGAAGUAGCUCUGCAGUAUUUCCAGAACUACGCCAGAACGUUUGAAUUGCAUAAAUUCAUUAAGUUUCGCCAUAAUGUUUUGAAUGUCACACCGGCAACUCGAAAUCCAGACGAGAGCGUGUCCAAGUGGUCUGUCCAAGUCGAAAAUCUGCAAACCGGAGAAACGACAGUUGAGGAAUUCCAUAAUGUUAUAAUUUGCAAUGGACAUUUCCAUAAGCCGUACAUACCUCCCAUUUCUGGAUUGCAAGAUUUCAAAGGCCCUAUUGUUCACAGCGGCGAAUAUCGCUCUGCUGAAGCGUUUCGCAAUAAAACCGUGCUGGUUAUUGGAGGAAGAUCUUCGGCGAACGACGUUACAUUUGAACUCAUUCCUUUUGCAAAGCGGGUUUUCAUAUGCCGGCGUAUCAAGUCAUCCGUUUUCAAAGGGAUUCCCAACAUUGAAGAAGUCACGGACAUUGGGAAGAUUGGCGCAAAUUACAUCACAUUCAGUGAAGGAUACACUCAUCCCAUUCAUGCCAUUAUACUCUGCACUGGAUUCCUAUUUGACUUCCCUUUUCUGUCGAAGGAGUGCGAGGUCACCGUUACUCGGGGCCGAGUAUUUCCCAUGUAUAAGCAUAUGAUGCACUGCUUCCACCCGUCGUUGGCUUUCAUGGGACUGGCUAACAGGAAUUUGCACUCGUUUGUGUGCAACUACCAAGUUCGUUAUUACAAAGCAUACCUGGAUGGAAAGUUUGAGCUUCCGCCCGCUAGUGAGCGUCUAGCGGAAAUCAACCAAGAGCAUCGGGAGCGCUUAGCGAAAGGUCUACCUGAGCAUUACGCGCAUGUUAUGACGGUGACCCAGUGGGAUUAUAUCGACCAGUUGUGCCGCACAGCCGGCAUGCAGUCGUAUGACCCAGUGGUUAAAAUGAUCUGCGAAAGCAGCAUCGAAGAAAUACGUAAAUCGCCGCACAACUUUCGCAACUUCCGACUGGAAAAACUAGAUUCAAAGAGCUUUUUGCAUAUACCAAAUACGUUUUUAACAGAGCGGCAGCGCAUGCAGUGCCUGAGUGAGGAAGAACUGCGCAGCCUUGCUAGAAGAUACCCACACUUUGUUGUACAUGCUUCGACCUAUCGGAACAAUUUUCGUCUUCCCGCUGAAUUGCGAGGAUAACAUUCGACUUCGAGCCUUAUGUUUUAUUUUUACUGGUUAUUGUGCUCAGGUCGCCAAAUUGGUAUAAAAUGUGCAAAGCCGAG